UUGAUGGCAAAGCAGACCCUUUGGCAGCCGAGGAGUGGUUAAGAGGGCUAGAAUGAAUCUACAAACACAUGGCAUGCACUGAUGCACAAAAGGUAUCAUGUGCCGAGUUUAUGCUAGUUGGAGCAGCAGGCCACUGGUGGGAGUCUGCUUCGCGCACUAGAACGGAAGCGCAACAAUGUGCUAUGACUUGGGCACAGUUCAAGGAAGAGGUAAUGACAAAAUACUUUCCUCAAUCACUGAGGGAUCGGAGAGAGGCAGAGUUCCUACAGCUGAAACAAGGAAAUAUGUCGCUUGAUGAGUAUGAAAGGAAGUUUGAACAACUUUCUAGGUAUGCUACACAUCUUGUCGAUACCGAGCCAAAGAAGGCUAGAAGGUUCGAAUUAGGCCUAAGUCCAGAGAUUGGAGGAAUCAUGGAAUCUCACCAUACGACCACAUAUAGUGAAGUACUUCAACGAGCGCAGUCAAUUUCUGAUCGUCUAGAAAUGGAUCGGAUGACUGAGAAGAAUAAUGAGUCAUAUGGGAAACGAAAGUGGAAUGGAUUGAAUAAAGGGAAGGGAUUUGGACAAUUUAAGAAUCCCAAUAUAGGAUCAGGAUCAGGGUCAAGUAAACCAAAUAAAGUUACUCCACGAUGCCCAAAGUGCAAUAAGGCCCAUGGAGGGGAGUGCUGGUUUGGGAAAAAUGUAUGCUAUCGAUGUGGCCAAGAAGGUCAUUUUGCUUCGGAUUGCAAGGCAUACCCACCUAAGAAGGAUAAUGAACAGGGAAGGAAAGUGAAAGCCAAAGUCUUUGCUUUAACCCGGGAAGAGGCAACAGAGGAUCCAAAUGUAAUGGCAGACUCCGGAGCUACUCAUUCAUUUAUCUCCACUGCAUUUAUUGCUAAAUCACAAUUUUGA